AUGCAGCUUCUCCACCACACUUACAUGAAUCUUUGCGCCGAUUUACAAUUAGCUUCCGCACUUAGAGUAUCCGAUCAUUUGGCCCUAACGGUCUUGCCUUCCGCCAUUUUUCUCCGCGAAAUUUAUCAGGAAGCAAAGCUUUCUGCGAUGGUACCAGCACUCCCAAUAACGCCACCUGCAAUGGAAGCAGAUCCGGAGGUGGAGCGUAUUCUUGCCACAGCUGUGCACGUAUUAUCUACUGAGGCCACAGCCUUGUCUUACCUCUCACGACUUUAUGCCACAGAUCCCAUAUCUCGUGGUGGUUUUGUCAAGGCUGUCGAGGCAAUUGCUGCAUCAAACAUGAACGACGGCAAGACAAUCAUCAUUGGAGUUGGUAAAAGCGGAAAGAUUGGGGAGAAGUUAGUAGCAACAAUGAAUUCUUUGGGUUUAUCAGCAAGCUUUAUGCACCCCAUCGAGGCUCUUCAUGGGGAUCUUGGAAUGGUCAAGCCGAAAGAUGUUCUGCUUCUCAUCACUUUUUCGGGUAACACCCCGGAAUUACUUUCGCUACUACCACAUUUACCAAAACACCUUCCCUUGAUCGCACUCACUUCUCAUACGUCAUAUCAUACUUCUCAGAUUACACGGGGGCGUCCAGGUGCCAUUCUACUACCUGCACCUAUACCGGAGCCUGAGACUGUGAGCUUUGGAAUAUCUGCACCAACUACAUCGACGACGGUAGCUCUCGCGCUCGGUGAUGCUCUUGCUGUUGCCUGCGCUAGACAACUCCACAAUCAUGACGGCAACACGCCAGCCGAUGUUUUCAGACGAAAUCACCCUGGUGGAGCUAUUGGGCUCGGAACCGGUAAAGGUGUCGUCCGAAUGUCAGACUUGGCUACUCGACUGGACGAGAUUCCAGUUAUCCCAUGCGGGUCAAGGGCCCUGGAUUCACCACCAAUCUCUUCCUCUAGUUCGGAAUCGGAUCUAGAAGUCACAGAGUGGAGAGUUGCCCCGCUUUCUAUCAGGGUAGUUGACUGCCUUAUUGCUGCCGUGGGGUCAAAAUCAGGAUGGGUUAAGAUCUCCCUCGACGAAAUCAUACCACCUGGGAGAUUACAAAGAGUCAGAGGAAAUGUACACGUUGACGUGUACGACCCGGACCUGGCACUUGUUGUCAGUACCAACGAGACUGUUAAAGUUUCCGGCGAUUCAAGUGUUGAUGACAUACGGAAGUGGAUCAUUGCCUCCCGGGAUGAAAGGCAUGAUCCGAUGUUGCAAGCUGGCGCAGUUCUGGGAGUUGUUGUUGGCGGCGAAGUAAUGGGUGUGGUAGAGGUUGAUGAGUUGAUGAGGAAGUAA